UCUUCUCCCUUCAGCACACAUCAAUCACUCCCAGCAACUUACGUAUCAAUCUUGCAUCUGCAAAUUUCCCAACCGAAAAGCAUACCACCAUGCAUACAAAGAUGAGAAAUCAAGCUUUCUUCUACUUCUCACUUGUUUUUCUCUGCUACUGCACCACAACUUUAGGCCAGCCAGCUCAGGCCCCAGCCUUGCCUGCCUUGGCCCCAGCUCAGCCUGCCAAUUCUCCAACUAAGCCUUCUGAUGCUCCUACCCCACCUGGCCCUCCCGACGUCACCAAAAUCCUCCAAAAGGCUGGCGGGUUCACGAUCCUAAUCCGCCUCUUAAAGAGGAGUGCAGUGGCGGACCAAAUCAAAGGGCAGCUCAACGAUACAAAGAAUGGCUUUACUCUUUUUGCUCCAACCGACGCUGCAUUUUCAAACCUAAAAUCCGGUACUCUAAAUUCUCUCAGUGAUGAACAAAAGAUCCGGCUCAUACAGUUUCACACCUUACCAACUUAUUAUUCUCUGGCAAACUUCCAAACCGUGAGCAACCCAUUGAGAACACAGGCAGGAGAUACCAACCCUGGUGAUUAUCCAUUAAAUGUGACCUCAGUCGGAAACCAAGUAAACAUUUCGACUGGUCUUGUCAAUGCCUCAGUGAGCGGUACAGUAUAUUCUGAUAAUCAGCUUGCUGUUUAUCAAGUGGACAAAGUUCUUCUUCCUUUGGAUAUUUUUGUCGCAAAGCCUCCGGUACCAGCACCAGCACCGGCCCCAACAAAACCUAAGGCUAAGAAGAAAACAGCAGGCAGUCCAGAGAGCAGUACUAGUGCUACUACUACUUCUACAGUGGUUAAUUCUGAUGCAGUGAGAUUCACAGAACAAGCAGUAAUGGUGUCUGUCGGAGUUUCUGUUUUUGUUGCUGCAUUAUCUAUGCUAUAAAGAAAAAAAGAUGAUGCAGUAUAUAUGUUUUUGAGUGAUGAUUACAUUAAUUGUCUAGAACGGUGUGAUUAAUUUUGCUGCGUUGGUUUGAGCGGUCGUCAUUUUCAUCGAGUGUUUUCAAAUAAUUAAUGUAAUCUUUCCCUUUUGAACUUUCUA